CGUGGACCUGUACAGGAUAUCGAUAGCAAAGACCAAGUCUCCCUCAGGACAGGGUAGUCUCGUCGCGGAGAUUAGGUUCAAAUCGGCGGCGCACAUGGCAAUCACAGACGACGAAGCUCUGCUCUCCAGCUCGAGCAGCAACGGCUACACCACCCACAAUGACCGAUACCAAGACUCGCCGUCUGACAGCGAGGACGACGAUAAUGAUACCAUCGGACCGGAUCCGCCAGUGCGGCGAGGCUCGCCCACCAACGAUUUCGAUGCCUCGCCCGCCCGCGCCCGAAACACAUUGCAGAACACAUUAGGGGACCGUCUGCCCAAGCCAGUGAAGAACACCUGGGCAGCGGUGGUGACGUGGGUGAAAGGACCUGAUCCGCCACGCAUAUAUCAGAUACGGCCAGUCUUCCCAAAGGUGCAGCGCGCCCCUUUGGCCUUGCUGGAUCGGGUUGCGCCCAGCAGGAUACGGAGGUUCUGGCUACUAGUGCUUGCCAUUGCUUCGUGGCUGCUCGUGCUCUCGUCCAUUCUGUAUCAAUCCUCAUUUGCUGCACAGAUUCCGGGACAUGGAACGCCGAUACGUCUCGGUUGUGCGGCGAGGUACUGGGGCGAUGGUAAUAUUUGUGGUCUCAAUGGGAACAUGUGCAGACCAUUCUCGAACGCCAGUCUGGCUUUUCGAUGUCCAGCAGACUGUCACAAGCAAAUCACUCUUGGACAUGCUGUUGGUGACCAAAAGGUGGAGUUCAAGCCACUGGUCAUUGGUGGUCCCAAGGAAGAGCAGACUGGGUUUGAGGAUGAGAUUGUGGAGAACGCCAUAUAUCGCGGCGACAGCUUCAUUUGUGCCUCUGCUGUUCACGCGGGGUUUACACGAGACAUUGAAGGUGGCUGCGGCGUGCUGACCCUUACUGGCGAGCAGUCUAAGUUUCCCAGUGGCAUACGCAACAGUAUACAGAGCGCUGGCUUCGACAGCUACUUCCCUCAGACCUUUGGGUUCCUCUCCGGCACGAAGACGCAAUGCAAAGAUAUGCGGUGGUCUGCUCUGGCUCCUACCUUGAUCUUCACCAUCCUUGUAUCGCUUUUCACGACUGAUCCGGCAGUCCAUUUCUGGACCAUUUUCGUGGCCCUGUUCUUCCAUGUUGCCCUCGUUUCAGACCCCCCAGCCAAUACUACUUAUUAUGGACUCAUUAGUAUUGCGAUUGGACGUUUUCUCCCCGCAUGCUUUUGCGCCUACGUCACGUAUCGAUUCACGAGCAAGAGGAGCUUGACGGGACUAACAGCACAAAUUGAGAAGACAGUUCUCUGGCUCGGACCAGCCUGGGUGGGAAGUCUCAACAAUUAUACGUUCGACAGGAUUCCCAUCCAGCGACUGACACCCCACGAUCUCAAAGCACAGCCUGGUGCAGUGCCCGCUCUCAUCAUUAUUGUGCUGUCCAUCUUCUUCAUCGCUUUAGGGCAAGCUUGGGCUUUCCGUGUUGAAGGACGAAUGCCACGAUAUCUAGCCAUCUAUGCGUCAUUUGUUGUGGCCUUACUGAUAUUCCUCGCCAUACCUGGUCUCAACUUGAGAAUUCAUCAUUACAUUCUCGCACUUUUGCUUCUACCAGGGACGAGCUUUCAGAAUCGACCCAGUUUGAUCUAUCAAGGUCUUUUACUCGGGCUCUUCAUCAACGGCGUUGCUCGCUGGGGAUUCGCGUCCAUCGUUGAGCUGCCGACCGAUCUGCUCAGGGGCACCGCGCAAGGUAGCUUGUUACCUGCCGUCAGUGUCCUCGCUCUUGGAGCACGAAACAUCACUUUCAGUCUUGGAACACUGCCGGUCUUUGAUAAAAAGCUCGACGUUACAUAUGAUGGCAUUUCCGUACUUGUAAAUGAUGUUGAGCGUUUUCGUGGUUAUCCGGAUGACCUAUCCUAUUGGGAAGGCGAUGGACUCGAAGAUACUGGAAACUACACUUGGACUUGGAAUCGACAUCGACCCGGACGUGGUGAGCCUGGCAGUGGAAUGGCAAUCACGCUCGCCAAUCCCGGCUUCGGCGAAGACGAGGAUUGGAAACAAGAUGUGAAAAGGAAGAGAGGUGUUGACAUAUUCGAAGAUGUGUUGCCAGAGUACUUUCGAUUUGCGUACAUGUCCGGAAGCAGAACGGCUGACUAUACCAAUGCUGGCAAGUGGGAUGAGCAGGGGGAGUGGAUACCUAUGAAACCAGGAACCAGUGAGCCCCGGAAGUGAAAUUUUCUAUGCACAGCGUGAUCUUGAGUGAAAUUUGUACAGAAUUUACGUAUAGAGAGUGAAAUCAUGGCCGUAGUCUGGCCGCAAGGCGAUGAGCAUCUCGCUGGAUGGCCUAUCUGACACGUCAAAGAACAGUCUCUGUACGAUCCGGGCAAUUCGGCCAACGGGGUGGUAUUUGAGCAGGCCAUCGAGGUGAUAAGCAUGUUACGAAGUUCACUAGACUGCCGAUCUAGUACAGCUGUCCUCCAGUGAAGGAUGUAUCACUGUGCAUUCACUGUAUGCAGCAUCUGGAAUCUCAUUGCGUACUUACCUUACUAAGCAAGUCACCUCGCUGAAUCUUUGCCGGAAGCGGGGUAUAUAUGCGAGCUUCUCCUCGGGCACAUAGCUAACCAACUUCUCUUACCUUUAUCCUCUUUCUCACAGGCCAGUCUGUUAUUCACAAGAAUCACCGGCGAUACGUAUUCUGUAUUAGAAGUGGACAGACAGUUCUCGAUCGCCCUCCGCAGCUCGACCCCAACCACAUCAGAAUGUCCACGGAAACCAUCACCACUGAGCAAGCUCGAGCCCAAUCCCUGCGAGAAGCAGAAAACAAAGCCAUCGAGCUGUUCGACCUCAUCAGCAAAGACUUGAUUCGACCCGGUAUUACGGAGAAGCAACUCAGCGAUGAAAUCCACCAACUAGGAGAAACCACAUGCCACGUCCGAACCCACUGGCACAAACGUCUCGUCCGGAGUGGCCCCAACACUCUCUCACCCUUUCACGACAAUCCUCCCACGCGCACCAUCCAACCAGGCGACAUCCUCGUCAUCGAUCUUGGCCCCGUGUUCGAGGAGUGGGAAGCAGAUUUUGGUCGAACAUAUGUCCUACCAGAAGAAAAUUCUUCCUCUUCUAAUACAACAACGACAACAACAGUAAUCGACGCCACGAAGCAAAAACUCCAACUCCGCGAUGCGUUAGAACCCAUGUGGUGGAAAAUCAAACGCCUCUAUGAUCGGAAUCCGAGUAUGACGGGAGGGGAACUGUACAAUCUUGCUUUGCAGACUGCGGCCGAGGAUGGAUGGGAUUGGGGCGCGACGCAGAUUGCGGGACAUAUUGUGGGAGAUUUCCCUCAUGAGAGGAUUCCGAGGGAUAAGGUGACGAAUUAUAUUA